AUGGUGACUCUCAGCGCUUCGGUCUUGCCUGUGCUGGACGCUUUGCCUACGCCGGCUCUCUUGGGCGUCAUCUCAAGAUCGUGUCCCCUUCUCGUCCCUUACCAUCUCCUCGCCGACGUUAGAUCAACUCUGCCGCCUACUUUGCCCUACCUCGUGCACAUCACCAGCUUUCACUCGCUCUCGCCUGACGAAUUGGCGGACGUGUUGGACAAUGGCGCUGAUGCGUUGGUCCUCGACCGGGACACUGCUCCUGCACUCGCACUGCUAGGUGGACAGCCCAGCAGCAUCCCAGCUGAGCGCGUCGUCAUUCAUAUCCCAGCCGAGGACGAUGCCUCACCCUCCACUUCUCAGGGUUCUCUUCAAGGACUAGCCGGCGUGCUCGUCUCGUUGCCCGCAUCGAUUGCCUGCGGCACUCAGCAAGCCAGUGAUAUCAUUAGCAGCUACUCGGCUGCCAUCAGCGCUCAAGAGUCUGGAAAGCCGGUUUACGUUUCACCAUUCAACACUCUGACUCCUGGUGCUGCACCUGCGUCAGCAACAAUCGACGACGCAGCCCGACUGGCAAAGUUGUCUGCUUCGCUGGUGGUUAGGACGUCUGCCCUCGCUCUGGUUGCCGAAGGUCAGCAAGCUCCACCCGGCACUCUUGACCUCGUCGGGGCGCUCACCGCGUCGCUGGUGUCGGACAGGGCUGAUGGCCACUUUCCAACCACUGUGGUUUCUGCCUCCCUCUCAACCUCCCUUGGCCUGGUGUACUCUUCCAUUGCCUCCAUUCGAGAAUCUCUCCUGACUGGAUCUGCAGUCUACCAGAGUCGCAAGCGAGGUCUUUGGCGCAAGGGAGAGACGAGCGGGGCGACUCAAGAAGUAGUGCGCAUCCGGUUCGACUGCGACUCUGAUGCCAUCGAAUUCCGAGUGAGGCAGCGAGCAGGUGCCCAGCACGCCGGCUUCUGCCACCUCACUGAGCGCGAGAGCUGCUUCGGUCCGACUGGCGGCCUUGCGGCACUCGAACGAACGCUGCUCUCGAGAAAGGCAAACGCUCCGCCAGGCUCCUACACUGCCCGCAUCUUCUCCGAUCCCAAGCUGCUCAGCGCCAAGAUUCGAGAAGAAGCACAAGAGCUUGCAGACGCAAAGGAUGAGGAUCCCAGCCACGUAGCCUUCGAAGCCGCCGACCUGCUGUACUUUGCGUUGGCCAGGUGCAUCAAAGCAGGCGUCAGUCUCGAACAGGUAGAGAAUAGCCUCGACUUGAAGGCGAAGAAGAUCACCCGGCGCGCUGGCAAUGCGAAACCUCAAUUUGAACAGCCUGCAGUCAAUGGCGGAAGCAAAAUCAAUGGGUCGGCUGCACCCGCUGCUACCGCAGAGGCAGACCCGAACGCCCCCAUCAAGAUCCAGUCCUAUCACCUAGAGCAGCUGUCGCAACAAGAGCGCGCCAGUCUAUUGAAGCGCCCGGCGUUGCGUUCGGCAGCGAUCCAGGAACUCUGCAGGCCUAUCCUGGCAUCAGUCAAGGAGAGGGGAGAUGCAGCUUUGCUGGAGCUUACGGAAAAGUUUGACAAGGCCAAGCUCUCCUCGCCCAUGUUCUACCCGCCCUUCGGCACUCCCGAAGUCAUGAAGCGGAUUAAACCCGAAGUCAAGGCAGCUAUGGAUCAGGCCUAUUCGAACAUCUACGCUUUCCACCUGGCCCAAAAGCGGACCGGAGGCAACGUCAAGGCUGCCAAGGCAGGUGCGGCGGGUGUGGACGAGCAGACGGGAGAGGAAGCGGAGGAUGCCAUCUUGGAAGUCGAGACGAUGCCGGGUGUGGUUUGCAGACGCUUCGCUCGACCUAUCGAGAGGGUCGGUCUAUACGUCCCUGGAGGAACGGCAGUGCUGCCGUCAACUGCGCUCAUGCUCGGCGUACCGGCUCAGGUCGCUCGUUGCCCCACUCGCAUCAUCGCCACGCCCCCUCGUCCUGAUGGAUCCAUCGCACCGGAGGUCAUGUACGCUGCCCACUUGACCGGUGCUACCGGCAUUCUCGCCGCAGGCGGAGCUCAGGCUGUCGGCGCACUCGCAUACGGCACGGCCACGGUGCCCAAAGUUGACAAGAUUUGCGGUCCAGGCAAUCAGUUCGUGACUGCUGCGAAGCUGUUGGUGCAGAACGACAUGGAUGCUUGCGUCUCCAUCGAUAUGCCUGCAGGCCCAUCAGAGGUCCUGGUCAUCGCCGACGCGUCUUCCAACCCGGACUUUGUGGCAUCGGAUCUCCUUUCUCAGGCGGAGCACGGCCCCGAUUCUCAAGUGGUCUUAGUGGCCAUUUCGCUCACAGAUGCCCAGCUAGCUUCGAUCGAGGAAGCGGUGGAUAGACAAGCCAAAGCUUUGCCAAGGUGCGCCUUCGUUCGCAAGGCCAUCGAAAAGAGCGUGACCAUUCGGGUGCCGAACCGAGAAGAGGCGAUGAAGUGGAGCAACGCGUAUGCGCCUGAACACCUCAUCAUACAGACCGAGGAAGCAGAGCUACUCGCAAAGAGCGUGAUCAAUGCUGGAAGCAUUUUCGUCGGGCAAUGGAGCCCCGAAAGCUGCGGAGACUAUGCUUCAGGCACCAACCACUCGCUGCCGACGAACGCUUUUGCGAGGUGAGUUUAGAGUGGGCUGUGCGUGUCUCUGCGAUUCUGCCUGACAUUUCUGCUAUCCGCCUGCCCUGCAGACAAUAUUCGGGCGUCAACACGGACACCUUUGUGAAGCGCAUCACAAGUCAGAAUUUGACGGCUGAAGGGCUCAAAGCUUUGGGACCACACGUCGUGCACCUCGCGGAAUGCGAGGACUUGGAGGCCCACGCGAACGCAGUGAGGCUCAGGUUGAAGGCUCUGGAAAAUGUAGAGAAGGUGUAG